UGAAAGAGAGAAUAUGUACUAGUAGUGUUUUUAUCUAAAUAUUUGAUCCAUUUGACCCUGAAAUGCACCAUGAAUGACGUUAAGAAUGACAAAAAGCCUUCAGAAGUCUCUCGAUUUGGUUCUUAUCUACUUGCCCUUCGACCAUGGUCAUUUUCAGCUUCACUAAUUCCAGUUGUACUCGGAGCGUUACUUGGUUGGAAAUCUACCGGUGAGAUCAACAUGGUAUUAAUGGCUGUUACUACAGUAGCUGUAAUUUGCGUUCAUGCGUCAGGAAAUCUUGUUAACACUUAUUAUGACUAUCUGCGUGGUGUUGAUAGUAAAGUAUCGGACGAUAGGACACUAGUUGAUCAUAUCUUAACUCCAGAUGAAGUGGUUCGAGUCGGCGCCCUGAUGUACAUCGUUGCUAGCAUUUGUUUCUUGAUCGUUGUAACAUUGUCUCCAGCAAAGAUGGAACACCUAGCCUUGUUGUUCUUUGGUGGUCUUUCAGGAUCAUUUCUGUACACUGGAGGUAUCGGCCUCAAGUAUUAUGCUCUUGGAGAUAUUGUUAUUUUGAUAACAUUUGGACCUCUAGCUGUGUUGUUUUCUUACGUAAUCCAAUGUGGUCAGUUUGCAUGCUUCCCUUUACUAUAUGCUAUCCCUCUAGCACUAAACACUGAAGCCAUUUUACAUAGYAAUAAUACACGUGAUAUGGAAAAUGACAAAAAAGCAGGUGCUGUAACUUUGACAAUCCUUGUUGGAAAGCAAGCUUCUUAUGCUGUCUACUGUCUGUUGUUAUUUACACCUUAUGUCAUAUGUGUUGUUUGGGGGGUCAACAUUUCUGUUCGAUACUGGCUACCUUUGCUGACCAUUGGGUAUGCAUUCAGACUAGAAAAAGAAUUCCGCGAUGGAAAACUUCUUUUAUUACCAAAACAAACUGCAAAAUUGAACUUAUAUUUUGGUUUAUUAUAUUUGGUCAGCUUUCUUAUAGCACCUAGACUCCCUCAUGUCAGGAAGAUUUGAUAUGCAAAAUGAAUUAGCUCAUAUAUUAUGAUCAUCCUUUGUAAGCCUUCUAUACAGUUGCUGUGCAUUCUUGAAGUGUAGCUGUGCCUGAUGAUACAAAGGAGAUGUCCAGUAAGAUUGAAAAACUAUGGCUUAGAUAUUUAGUUGUAGCUAAUUAUUCAUGAUCUGAAAAAAGGUUUCAUUACCAGUAAGCAGUCAUAUYACUUUGAUGUAAACAACACUACUUCCUUUCAAGAUGGCACAGGGAACUAUAAUUGAAAACAUUAUACACGUAAUUUAAGAUUACAAGCAUAUUGGCAUGCGAGAUAAAAUCUUUCUGAAAGUUGUGCAUGAAACUUUGUUCAGCCCAUUGUAAUAUUAAUUGUAGAGUUGAUAGAUUAUAUCAGUGCAACAAAUAUUAAACAAURUUAUUAUUGGAUGAGUAUUAAUGGAUAUCUGAAAUAAAUUUCAAGGUCAAGGCAAGUGUAGUCAACCAAGACCAAAGGCCACACACAAA